UAUAUAAUUAAUGAAAAAAAUUAACAAUAGAAAUAAAAAAAAAAAAUGAAUAAUUAUUUGUGUGUAUCAGUUGCUAAAGCAUUUUAUAUGUACAAAAUAUAUCGUACUGCAGUAUUGUGAAAUAGUAAUGUAUUUUAGAAUGAUAUUAUUCUCAUAUACAUUUAUAGUUAGUAUACUAGAAUUUGUCGUUGCCGUACAAGCAGAUACAAAAUCAACUAUAGAUAAUAAUGAAUUAUCGUUGUCUCUUUCAAAUGAGCAAGUUACUGAAUAUAAAUAUGAAAGAACUAUUCAAUCAGCCGCAGCUGAAAAUAAUCAAGAUCAAUCCAUUACAACAAAUAUAAAUACUGAGUUCGUACAAAAAAUACAUUCAAGCAACGAACAUGAUCUAAAUGUUACAGAUUCCUCUGAUUUAAAUUCUACAAUGAAUAUGGAUGUAAUUUCAGAAAUAAAUAUGUUAAAUCAUAACGAAGCCUCACUUACAAAUGACUAUGGAACGCAGAUGAGUACACAUGAAAUCUCAAAUACAGAUGUAAAAAUAGAAGGAGAUACUGCUUUCAUGAGUCCAAAUGGAAUAAUAGAUUUUCCAAAUUAUGAUAAUCCAACUAACCCAAAUGGAGACUUAACAGAUAAGCAAGAUGGACAAGCUUAUGAUUCUAACGGAAACAAGAUAAGUGAUAAUAGUAUUAUGAAUAGUUAUCAAUCAUCAAGCUAUUACGGAUACAAUAUACAAAAUAUAGUUGAUCAAAAUGGAGAAAUUCCAACUUCAGUAACAUCAUCACCUGGCGCAAAUGGUUCUCCACCAAAUGUGACUCCAACUUCCUCUAACAGAAUUUUAAAUAGUUCUCUCAAUAGUAAACAAAAGGCAGCAACUUCAUCAACCACAACAUCGACCUCUAAUUCGAAUGGUACUCCGCCUAGUUCUUCUCCAAAGUCUCCGACCGGAGAUUCAACAGGCAAGCAAAAUGGACAAGAUUAUGAUUCUAAUGGAAACAAGAUAAGUGAUACUAGUAUUAUGAAUAGUUAUCAAUCAUCAAGCUAUUACGGAUACAAUUUCCAAAAUAUAGCUGAUGUAAAUGGAGAAAUUCCAACUACAGCAACAUCAUCCCCUGGCGCAAAUGGUUCUCCAUCAAUUGCAACUCCAACUUACCCUAACGGAAAUUUAAAAAGUGUUUCUAACGAUGCAGCGAAAGUUAAUGUUGUACUUUCUGAACUUGAUAUACCUCUGACAUAUCCUAUAGGAGUACCUAUAAAUAUGAAUACAGGUAUUCCUUACUAUCCUCACACGUCAAGUCCAAAUUAUGGCAAUGGUGCUCCCAAAAGUAAAGUAAAUGGAGGGACUACAUCAACGACAACAUCGACCUCUAAUUCGAAUGGUACUCCGUCUAGUUCUUCUCCAAAGUCUCCGACCGGAGAUUCAACAGGCAAGCAAAAUGGACAAGAUUAUGAUUCUAAUGGAAACAAGAUGAGUGAUACUAGUAUUAUGAAUAGUUAUCAAACAUCAAGCUAUUACGGAUACAAUAUACAAAAUAUAGUGGAUCAAAAUGGAGAAAUUCCAACUUCAGUAACAUCAUCACCUGGCUCAAAUGGUUCUCCACCAAAUGUGACUCCAACUUCCUCUAACAGAAAUUUAAAUAGUUCUUCCACUAGUAAACAAAAGGCAGCGACUUCAUCAACCACAACAUCGACAUCCAAUUCGAAUGGUUCUCCGUCUAGUUCUACUCCAAAAUCGCUGACCGGAGAUUCAAAAGGUAAGCAAAUUGCACAAGAUUAUGAUUCUAAUGGAAACAUGAUAAGUGAUACUAGUAUUAUGAAUAGUUAUCAAUCAUCAAGCUAUUACGGAUACAAUAUACAAAAUAUAGCUGAUGUAAAUGGAGAAAUUCCAACUACAGCAACAUCAUCCCCUGGCGCAAAUAGUUUUCCAUCAAUUGCGACUCCAACUUUCCCUAACGGAAAUUUAAAAAGUGUUUCUAACGAUGCAGCGAAAGUAAAUGUUGGACUUUCCGAACUUGAUAUGCCUCUGACAUAUCCUAUAGGAGUACCUAUAAAUAUGAACACAGGUGUUCCUCACUAUCCUCACACGUCAAGUCCAAAUUAUGGCAAUGGUGCUCCCAAAAGUAAAGUAAAUGGAGGAACUACAUCAACGACAACAUCGACCUCUAAUUCGAAUGGUACUCCGUCUAGUUCUUCUCCAAAGUCUCCGACCGGAGAUUCAACAGGCAAGCAAAAUGGACAAGAUUAUGAUUCUAAUGGAAACAAGAUAAGUGAUACUAGUAUUAUGAAUAGUUAUCAAUCAUCAAGCUAUUACGGAUACAAUAUACAAAAUAUAGCUGAUGUAAAUGGAGAAAUUCCAACUACAGCAACAUCAUCCCCUGGCUCAAAUGGUUCUCCACCAAAUGUGACUCCAACUUCCUCUAACAGAAUUUUAAAUAGUUCUCUCAAUAGUAAACAAAAGGCAGCAACUUCAUCAACCACAACAUCGACCUCUAAUUCGAAUGGUACUCCGUCUAGUUCUUCUCCAAAGUCUCCGACCGGAGAUUCAACAGGCAAGCAAAAUGGACAAGAUUAUGAUUCUAAUGGAAACAAGAUAAGUGAUACUAGUAUUAUGAAUAGUUAUCAAUCAUCAAGCUAUUACGGAUACAAUUUCCAAAAUAUAGCUGAUGUAAAUGGAGAAAUUCCAACUACAGCAACAUCAUCCCCUGGCGCAAAUGGUUCUCCAUCAAUUGCAACUCCAACUUACCCUAACGGAAAUUUAAAAAGUGUUUCUAACGAUGCAGCGAAAGUUAAUGUUGUACUUUCUGAACUUGAUAUGCCUCUGACAUAUCCUAUAGGAGUACCUAUAAAUAUGAACACAGGUGUUCCUCACUAUCCUCACACGUCAAGUCCAAAUUUUGGCAAUGGUGCUCCCAAAAGUAAAGUAAAUGGAGGAACUACAUCAACGACAACAUCGACCUCUAAUUCGAAUGGUACUCCGUCUAGUUCUUCUCCAAAGUCUCCGACGGGAGAUUCAAUAGGCAAGCAAAAUGGACAAGAUUAUGAUUCUAAUGGAAACAAGAUAAGUGAUACUAGUAUUAUGAAUAGUUAUCAAUCAUCAAGCUAUUACGGAUACAAUUUCCAAAAUAUAGCUGAUGUAAAUGGAGAAAUUCCAACUACAGCAACAUCAUCCCCUGGCGCAAAUGGUUCUCCAUCAAUUGCGACUCCAACUUACCCUAACGGAAAUUUAAAAAGUGUUUCUAACGAUGCAGCGAAAGUUAAUGUUGUACUUUCUGAACUUGAUAUGCCUCUGACAUAUCCUAUAGAAGUACCUAUAAAUAUGAACACAGGUGUUCCUAACUAUCCUCACACGUCAAGUCCAAAUUAUGGCAAUGGUGCUCCCAAAAGUAAAGUAAAUGGAGGGACUACAUCAACGACAACAUCAACCUCUAAUUCGAAUGGUACUCCGUCUAGUUCUUCUCCAAAGUCUCCGACCGGAGAUUCAACAGGCAAGCAAAAUGGACAAGAUUAUGAUUCUAAUGGAAACAAGAUGAGUGAUACUAGUAUUAUGAAUAGUUAUCAAUCAUCAAGCUAUUACGGAUAUAAUUUCCAAAAUAUAUCUGAUGUAAAUGGAGAUAUUCCAACUACAGCAACAUCAUUACCUGACUCAAAUGGUUCUCCAUCAAGCGCGACUCUGACUUCCACUAAUAGAAAUUUAAAUAGGGCUCUUAAUACUUAUCUUAAUGGAGGGACUCCACCAACAUCAAAAUUGCCUGCCAAUUCAAAUGGUUCUCCGUCAAGUUCUUAUCCGAUAUCUCCUUACGGAGAUUCAACGAACAAGCCGAAUGUACAAGAUUAUGAUUCUAAUGGAAACAAGUUGAGUGAUAACAGUUUUAUGAAUGGUUAUCAAACAUCAAAUUAUUACGGGUAUAUUCAAAAUACAGCAGACCAAGAUACCAUUUUUAAUUAUCCACCAGAAACGAGUGAAUAUUUAAAUAAUCAACUAUUACAAAAUUCAGUCUCAACUUUCAAUUUACAGAAUACUGCUACACCAGAUCAGUUUGGUAUCAUGCCUAGUAAUUCACUUACUAUGCCAAAUGGAAAAUAUGAUGAAGUAAAAAAUGACGGUGUUAAUAUUCCUCUUUUAAACGAAAAUGGGGAUAUUUAUAAUAACUAUUUUUAUGGGGAUAAUUCUGUGAAAACUGUUCGGAGUUUAAAUGGCAAUUUUGACACCCAAAAUGAUGAUAAUUAUAAUGAUGGUUACAUGGGAAUUGUUCCGUUUGAUGAUGGUAAUAUGCAAGGACCUUCCAAUGAACCAUAUGCACCUAAUUUAAAUGCUAGGUAUGAAAAUAGUCAACUGCAGUAUGGAUUAAAUCAGAAUCCCCCACCUUACAGAGGCUAUCCAUAUAUGGGAAAUGAUAUUACGCCUUUUGACACCAAUAUUUAUCCUGAUAUCAGUCCUCAAAUAUCUGUUAUGAAUUCUGACCUUUAUAACUAUAACAACAUAGAUGGCAUUGAAUACGAUCAAACUAAAAUUGGAAUAGAAGAAACCAGUCCUGAAAAUAUUCAAUUAAGUAUGAGUGAUUUGGAUACAUUUUCAAGUAACCAAAUUUCACAAACAUCUGACAGUUUUAUAGAUACAGAUUUGACAUCUGAUCAUUUGGUAUAUGACUCCGUUGAUGCCGACAAUAGAGAUUUAGAAAUCAUUGAUUCAAAUUACAUGGGUCAAGUAAAUGAAAACAAUGUGUAUCGUGGUCAAGGUUUUAAUGGUUAUAAUAAUAUUCAAUCAAUAAAUGUACCAGAAUACAACCAAUUUAAUGGUGAUUAUACUACAACUUAUUUGAGCAAUUUAGGUACUUAUGAAACCAGUUCUUCAAACACAGGAACUGAUGCUGCUGUAGAUGGUCCUGAAGGACCCUACCUAACACCACUGCUAUUGAAUUCUAAUUAUAAUUUGCCUACUAGUAGUGAUUUAAAUAAACAAAUUGCUGAUUCAAAUAGUUUGAUAGUUGAUAAUGUUCAAUUGAAUGGAUACUUGUAUCGUAAAACUGAUACCUCAAAUGUUAAUACUCAAGUAGAAGGUUCUCCUGCAGUUAUUGCUAAUGGUUCUCCAAUGAAUGAUGUAGAUAAUCGUUUUGAGUCUAUUCAAACUACAGAUUUAAGUAAAAAUAAUGAAUUAGGCGUUGGUCAAAAUGUGUAUGGUGUUAGUGGACAGGUUAUUGGGAGAAUCUAUAAGCCUUCUGGUAUUGUUAAAACUAAAAAUCGUCAUAAAUAUAGUGGUAGUAGUAGUUAUAGCAGUCCCAACGAUAGUGAGUUUUCUGAUGGUAUGCAUGCGAUUGGACAUGGUAUUAAACGAGCUGCUCGUGAUGCAAUAGGUAAUGUACAUGAUAAUAUAAAGGAUGCCUAUGACACUACGAAAGCUGUUGGAAAAGCUGUUGGAAAUAUUGCAGGAAAUGCUGCAAGUAAAGCUGCAGAUGGUAUUGAACAAACAGCCAAAACUCCAUACCAAGGUUCAAAGGAUGCUGUGAAAGCCGUAAAAAAUUCUGUUGGUGAAGCUGCUGAUGAUGUUGAAGAAACUGCCAAAACUGCAUAUCAAGGUUCAAAAGAUGCUGCAAACGACAUGGAAAAUGCUUUUAGUGAUGCUGCAGAUGAUGUAGAAGAAACAGCUUAACAUUUUUAUUUAAGUUAGGAAAGUAAAGCAAAUGAGGCAAAACUUGCUGCUGAAAACACCGGAGAUGGUAUUAUUAAUAACUAAUAAAAAAUGUUUGAUGAUAAUGAUUUAAUUUUAGUGUCUUAACUGAUUUAAAAGUAUGUUAAUCGUUGUACAAUAGAUAAAUAUUUAUUUAAUUUGGUUAUAAAAAUAUAUAUUCAUGCAUUUUCAUAUAGGUAUAAACUAUAGAAGAUGCUAUAGUAGGUAGGUACUCCAAUUGAAAAUUUUUAAAUUGUAAAUCACACAAUAAUAUGAUUAUGUUAUAGUGUUAAGUUCAUUAUUUUUAUAAAAUACUAGCUGAUCCCGUGAACUUUGUUGCCCAUUAAAAAUACUAACUCUAUAUGAAUAAUAUGUUUUAUCUUCUUAUCAUCUUAUCUUAACAUAUUCUAAAACAAAGUCUCUUUUUCUGUCGUAUGCUUAGAUCUUUGAAAAUAUGCAAUGAAUUUUUAUGCGGUUUUUUUUUAAUUGAUAGAGUGAUUCAAGAGGAAGGUUUAUAUGUAUAUAACACGCAUAACAAAGUAGAAAAACACUGCCCCUUUUUUGUAUGUUCGAGCAUAUUUUGAAAAAAACUACUUAUUUUAAGACGGUUUUCACUAAUACAUCGGUCGAGUCACGGGGAAGGUAUUAAUGUAUAAUAAUUUUCCUUGAUGAAAUUAAUUGGGUGGCCGAAAAUAAUAACAAUCUAUGUCUAUAUAUUAUAUACAGAUACAUGUUUGUCUGUAUAUCAUUGAACUGCUCCUAAACCACAGGACAUUUUUUGUGUGUUUUUGAGUGAGUCGCUAAAUGGUUCAGAUUCACAAUCAGGCCCAGUUGGUUCAACCCGGAGAGGUGCUCAAACAGGUAUUUUGAGAUUUAUGGUAGACAUUUUUGUUUAUAAAUGGUUGCUAUUGUUUAUUGGAGAAAUAAUUAGUAAAAAUUAGUAUAAAUUAGUAUUUUAAAUGUUUGCCAUUAGUCAUCUCUGGCAGUUUUAACCACGUUAUAUUUAUACAAAGUACUAUACCCAAUCCACCACAAAUAAAUUGUUCACUUUGGUCGAUUGGCAUAGCUACACAAAUUUAUCUGUGAACUCUGGUACCUAUAGGUAUUUAUAAAAUCUAAAUUUGUUUUAAAAAUUUGUUGGCGGUUGGAAUCGGGUUUUAGGUACAACUGAAAUUGGAUGAUGGUUUAUCCGAAGUUAAUAGCCUCAAAAAAUGACUGAACCGUUUUCAAUAAAAGUUAUUUCAAUAGAUUAUUACUUGAAAAUUGGAGGGUGUAUACAGCUUCAUUUUUCAACUCAUAUAGGCUGUAGAUAGGUAAAGGGUAGCUCAUACAUGAUUUUUUUUAGCAUACAAAAAAAUAAUUUUUUUUUGUUAAUCUAAAUUGUUGCAAUUUGUUACAUAUUAUAUUAAUAUUAUAAUUAGAAGAAAUAUGGUAUAUACAUUUUGUACAAAUAUAUUUAUUAAAAAUACAAAUCUUUGGCCUGGGCAAUGUCGGGCGGGACAGCUAGUUUUAUAAUAUAAUGGUUAAAAUAUACCAACCAUUUUAAACCAAUGGCAACCGAUAAUUAUUUUUAUAUUAGCUUUAAAACCCAUGGAAACCAUUUAUAAACAAAAAUGUCCAUCGGAAAUCUCAAAAUCCCUGUUUGAGCACCUCCUAGGGUUGUUACUAUCCUUUUAAAAUUAGCCGAUCUUCUGCCCAGAGGUCUAUCUAUCGGUGUACCAAAUAUCAUCAACAUUGGUCCAGCCGUUUAGAAAUGCAUAAAGGACACACACACAGACAGACAGAUAAACAUUCAUUUAUAUAUAUAUAUAUAGAUUAUAGAUAGAUAGAUAGAUAAAAAUAAUACCUAAAAUGUUUAUUCAUACAAACUAACAAGAUUUUAUAAAAAUUCUUAAAUUUAAUAAUUAAAAUAUUAUAAUUUAACAUGAUUUCUUAUUUUUAAAUCUGAUUAAUUUUACAAAAAAAAAUACCAAAAUCGAAAAUAUGUACUUGAUGAACCAUUCACGUUUGUCCUGUUAUGUGCUCGAGUUAUCAUUUGUGCAGAAACUCUUUACCUACUUUUUUUACUGUCGCUGCUAUGAAGCUUUAACUCGGUUCAAUUCAAUAUUUUGGAAUUAAAAAUAGUCCAAUUUUUAAUACUUUGUUGUUGAUUACCUGUACCUUUUUUUGACGUUAAUGCUCUACUAUUUUUGGAGUUAAAUACUAAGUCGAGUACUGCACUCCUGCACCUAGAGUCUUACCCCAGAGAAUUAUGGGGAAAGUUAUUAAAAAUAAUACAUAGGUGCACUUCAAUUAAUUUUCAAAGUUUCAGGUUCAAAUAACUUCAAUGUAAGAAUUUAUUUUUGUAACUUACGUAGGUUAUCGUAAUAUAAUAAAAUAUAAAACUCUAAGACCCUAAAACCUAUGAUAAAUAACUUAAGUUCACCUAUAUACAUUAUUUUACAUUUAUUUAAAAAAUCAUAUAUCUAAGAAUAGAAAAUUAAAAUAAAAAACAUAUAGGUACACAUUUCAGAGUAUAAUAGGAUUUGAUUUAUUACCUAUUGCAGCUUGUCGAAAACAAUAAUAUGAGAUACAUUAUGUUUAAAUUCAAAAUUAAAAGUGUUUUAAUUGGUAAUAAGUAACAACUAACAACAUCAUCUCAAAUAUGAAAUAAGUAUAUUGUUUAUUCUAUAAUAAAAAUUAUAAUAUUAUAUUUACAUUCAAUUUCUGAACGUUACACACAAUUUCCACAACUUAAGUAUGACCAAAUUAUAGUAAGUUGUUUAUUGUAUAACUGGACGACGGGCGUAUUCAUUGUACAACAUGCGCACUUACUAUCUAUAUGGAUUUUUAUUGAUGUUAAACAAAUUGUUGUAAAACUAUAGUUAAUUGCUUUAAAUAUGUUUAUAAACCGGGAAUCUAGCACGCAGGGUGGCCUUUCCUCCUAACUUGUUAUAUUAUUAUUAAUAUUAUAACAAGUUAGGAAAGCCCACAUUAAAUUCCCGUGUUUAAACAUAUUUUAAACAAUUAACAAUAAUGCCAUUACAUUUUAAAAAUAAUUGUUUAAAAUAAUUAUUUUUAUUAUUCAUUUUUAAAUUAUUUGAAUAGGUACACGUUGUUUUAAUGAUAAUA